GCGCGCUAUAAGUUGUCUUCGAAAUAAGACCGAAGUUUUGCUCGAAUAAAGGUGUUCUGUGGUAGAAUAUCAAUUGUGAAUCGCACGUGAGCAAGAGAUCGUUUAAUUUCCAAAAAUUAUGGCUUUACACGUACCAAAGGCACCGGGCAUAGCCCAAAUGCUCAAAGAAGGAGCCCGUUAUUUUUCAGGUCUUGAAGAAGCUGUAUAUAGAAAUAUACAAGCUUGCAAAUUAUUUGCGCAAACUGUAAGAACUGCAUAUGGACCAAAUGGCAUGAAUAAAAUGGUUAUUAAUCAUAUUGAGAAACUAUUUGUUACUAAUGAUGCUGCAACAAUUAUUAAUGAAUUAGAGGUUGAACAUCCAGCUGCAAAAUUAUUGGUUUUGGCAUCCAAAAUGCAAGAAGCAGAAGUCGGUGAUGGUACAAAUUUUGUUAUAAUCUUUGCUGGAGCACUUCUUACUGCUGCAGAAGAAUUACUUCGUUUGGGAGUUAAUAUAUCUGAAAUAAUUGAUGGAUACGAAGCAUCGUUAAAGAAAGCUUUGGAAAUAUUACCAUCACUGGUUUGUCAUGAAAUUAAAGAUUAUAGAGAUGAGGAGAAAGUUAAAGUUGGGAUAAAGACAGCUAUUAUGAGUAAACAAUAUGGAAAUGAAGAUGCUCUCACUUCGCUUGUUACAAAAGCUUGUGUAUCUAUUUUACCUGAAAAAACUACUUUCAAUGUAGACAAUGUACGUGUCUGUAAAAUACUUGGCAGCGGCAUAUCUAGUUCUGAAGUUGUACAAGGAAUGGUAUUCAAGCGACAAGUGGAAGGGAAUAUUACAAAAACGGAUAAUGCCAAAAUUGCUGUUUACACAUGUGCAGUAGACAUUAUGCAAACUGAAACAAAAGGAACUGUAUUAAUAAAGUCAGCAGAUGAACUAAUGAAAUUCUCUCGAGGAGAAGAAUCUCUAUUAGAAAGUCAAAUAAAAGCAAUUGCUGACAGUGGAGCUACCGUUGUAGUAUCUGGAGGAAAGUUUGGUGACAUGGCAUUACAUUAUAUGGAAAUAUAUAAUUUAAUGGCUGUUCGUAUACCUAGCAAGUUUGAUAUUAGAAGAUUAUGUAAAAGUGUUGGAGCUAUUGCAUUAUCAAAAUUGAUACCACCAACAAAAGAAGAGUUAGGGUAUGCAGAUUCCGUAUAUAUUGACGAAAUAGGAGAAACUAUUGUAGUGAAAUUUUCAAUAAGUGGCAAAGACAGUCGUAUUAGUACCAUAAUCGUUCGAGGAUCUACUGAAAACUAUAUGGAUGACAUUGAACGUGCAAUCGAUGACGGUGUAAAUACGUUUAAAGGAAUAACAAGAGAUGGACGAUUUCUUCCUGGUGCAGGAGCUACUGAAAUCGAACUAGCAUCACAGCUUGACACUUUUGCAGACACCUUACCAGGUUUAGAACAAUAUGCAGCACAUAGGUUUGCAACUGCUUUGGAAAUAUUCCCAAAAACUUUAGCAGAGAACAGUGGAAGUCAUGCUCCUGAACUUUUGUCAAAACUUUAUGCAGCCCAUAAAGAAGGCCAAAAAACUUAUGGCUUUGAUAUCAAUGUAAAGGGUACAGAACUCGUCGAUGCAGCAGAAGCUCAAAUUUUAGACUCAUUCUUAACAAAGCAAUGGGGCUUGAAAUAUGCCGUCGAUGUUGCAUGUACUGUUCUUAAAGUCGAUCAUAUUAUAAUGGCGAAACGUGCCGGAGGUCCGAAAGUACCAGGUGGCGGUGUUCAUGAUGACGAUGAGUGAUAAUAUAUAUAAAAUCACCUUAAUUCCUUUAACCUUUAUGUUUAACUUAUAAUGUUGCACUUCAUUGGCUUUCAGUGAAUUGAUCUUAAAUAUCAUAUGCGAAAAGUAUUUGUAAAAAUGUUUAUGCAAUCAUUUACGUCAUAUAGAUAUGAUAUUACAACGCUUCAAAUUUUUUAACACGUAACAAUUC